AUCGUCUUUGGGCGUUAUCAGUUCAAUUCAUGUGGCUCUAUUUUUGUAAAUAGGAACUUACUCAUCAUGCAACAAGGUUUGGUUGUACAAUGAAGAAGGUGUUGCUGGUUAUUGCCUUGAGUUUCCUAUUGAUCGUUAUUGCCGUUUUUCAUAUAAGUCAGAACCAUCAGCUCAAGAGAACCGUGUUCCAGUCUUCCCCGAUCAAGGCCAUCCGUCAUUACCUCAAACUUGUGAAUGAAACAGAAGAAUAUUUUGACUCGAUUAGAGACACCAACAGAAGUCUCACAGUAGUCACCGCGUUUUUUAACAUUGGAAGUUUUCCUAAAGGAAAUCUGGGUACGGUACGGAAGUCUAAUGACUAUAAUGUCUGGAUGAGGACGUUUCAGUACAUGCUGAAUCCCGUGGUAUUCUACACGGAUAAUAAAACAUAUGCUGACUUCUUCGUAGAAUUGAGGAAAAACGCAUCUUUACUUACAGAAGUAAUUCAUAUAAAUCGGUCAGAGUUAUGGGCCUUUAAAAUAAUUCCCAAAAUCCGGAAAAUAUACAAAACUCCCGGAUACCCUCGUCAUUAUCCGAACACGUAUAUUCCGGAAUACACAAGUCUGACCCACUCCAAGCAGCAGGUGUUGGCGGAUUCUGUGACUAGACAUCCGUUUAAUACAGAUUUUUACUGCUGGUUAGAUGCGGGAUAUUUUAGGGAUAAUGUUUUUCGUGAAAGAAAGUACUGGAUGGAGGUUCCGGACGAUUUUAAUAAAUCUCGGAUCGGAGUGACACGUGUGUUUUCUUCUGAUUUAAAAAGGACGAGUGCAAGAACGAUAAUUCUAGGAAAUAUGAAUUGGAUCGGCGGAGGACUUUUCUUAGGAACACCCGACGUUAUUAUUAAGUUCCAUGUCCAAUAUAAAAAGGCUGUAAUGCGCUAUUUAAACCAAGGAUUAAUGAACGUAGAGCAGCAUAUAUUGUACGCAAUGUAUACGACACAAGAGCGGAAAAAAUACCCAAUAGAAGUGGAAGUGCAAUUGUAUAUACCGGGACAAAGGCGUGUUAUUAACGGGAAUCCAUGGUUUUAUUUGGGGUACCUGAUGUAUAGAGAAGAACCUAGAUGACCAUGACAUACUUAAAUGAUAUUAAAAUGUC